CCCUUCCAUUCACUUGAUCACUCACUCUAGCCUUCACCAUAUCCACUCCUUUCACAAUUCACCUCCAAAACUAUACCUUGUCACUGCAACAUCUUAAGUUCACUCAUAGAGAGAGAGAGAGAGAGAGAGAGAGAGAGAGUUGCAGCAUUUUAUGGAGACUAUGCCUAGUUUUAUAUGCAUAUUGCUAUUUCUCUCUAUUCUCCUCUCAUAUUUCUAUUCAAAGAAACAAAAGAAGAACAAACAAAAACAAAAAAUGCUUCCCCCAGGAUCAAUGGGGUGGCCUUAUAUAGGAGAGAGUCUCCAACUCUACUCUCAAGACCCAAAUGACUUCUUUGCUAAAAAGCAAAGAAGAUAUGGGGACAUUUUCAAAACCCACAUCCUCGGCUGCCCUUGUGUCAUGUUGGCUAGCCCAGAGGCUGCUCGGUUUGUCUUGGUGACUCAAGCUCACUUGUUCAAGCCUACAUACCCCAAAAGCAAAGAGAAGUUGAUCGGUCCUUCCGCCCUGUUUUUCCACCAAGGGGACUAUCAUACUCACCUGAGGAAGUUGGUUCAGAGUUCGUUGUCUCCAAAAGCAAUCAGAAAAUUGAUCCCUGAUAUGGAAGAAAUGGCCAUUUCUGCCAUGGAGUCAUGGGCUAGAGAGCAAGUCAUCAAUACCUACCAUGAGAUGAAGAAGUUUGCUUUCGAAGUCGGCAUUCUCUCAGUGUUUGGUCGCUUGGAUGAAAAAUACAAGGGAGAGCUCAAGAAGAACUAUUGCAUAGUGGACAAGGGUUACAAUUCUUUCCCAACCAACUUACCAGGAACUGCAUAUAACAAAGCAAUCUUGGCUCGGAAAAAGCUCAACCAGAUACUAACUGAGAUCAUCUGUGAGAGGAAGGAGAAAAGACUACUGGAGAGGGAUCUCUUGGGGCAUUUCCUGAACUUCAAAGAUGAGAAAGGGAAGACGUUAACUGAGGAUCAAAUCACGGAUAACAUCAUUGGGGUUCUAUUUGCUGCGCAAGAUACAACAGCAAGUGCCCUAACAUGGAUUCUCAAGUACCUCCAUGAUGACCACGAACUUCUAGAGGCUGUUGAGGCAGAGCAAAUGGCGAUAUAUGAAUCGAAUGGUUUUGGAAACAAGUCAUUGACAUGGGCUCAGACUAGAAAUAUGCCACUUACAUAUAUGGUAAUAUUAGAGAGCUUGAGGAUGGCAAGCAUCAUAUCUUUCACCUUCCGGGAAGCAGUGGUAGACAUAGAAUACGAAGGAUAUUUAAUUCCAAAAGGAUGGAAAGUGCUGCCAUUGUUCAGGAACAUUCAUCACAACCCUGAAUUCUUCCCUGAUCCUAAACAUUUUGAUCCAUCAAGGUUUGAGGUUGCUCCAAAACCAAAUACAUUUAUACCAUUUGGGAAUGGAGUACAUGCUUGUCCAGGGAAUGAGCUUGCCAAAUUGGAGAUGCUUAUUGUGGUCCACCAUCUUGUUACCAAGUUCAGAUGGGAAGUGGUGGGUCAACAAAGGGGGAUUGAGUAUGGUCCAUUUCCUGUCCCUCAGCAAGGACUACCAGCCAAGUUCUGGAAAGAAGUGUUCAACCACCAGAUCUGAUGUUUCUGGGAUUAACUAGAAAUAUGUUAUUCUUAUCAAUUAUUAUUAACCAGAGACAUUGAAUUAAUAUAUGCUUUUUGAAACAUAACAACACAACCAUAACAUUCCUUUGUUAUUUUUCCAACUGCAUUAUUAAUUUCAUGUCUCUGUUAGUAAAGAUUUUUGUGUUUUUAAGAUUUGCAUGGGAGAAUAUGAUUUACUCUCGAUCAUCUUCUAUUUUCUUAACAUCUCUAAUCUAAUUAUCCUAUAUUUUGUGAGUGU